AUAAUUUAUAAAAAUUUAUAGAAAUCUGUCUUGGUAAAAUGGCGUCUUCACAAGGAAAACAUAUGCCCAAAGACACUCAAAUUAUUGUGUCGAUUAUGAAAGAUUUAGGUAUUGUUGAUUUUGAACCACAAGUUUUAAAUCAUCUCUUGGAGUUAAACCACAGAUACACAACGCUACUGUUGGACGAUGCUAAGACAUUUUCAAACUUUGCGAAAAAGAAGAGUGUUGAUGCCGACGAUGUGAAAGUAGCAAUACAAUUGGCACAAGAUGGAAUAUUUUGUCGACCUCCUCCACGCGAUAUGCUAAUGACAGCAAGUCGUGAAGUAAACAAAAUCCCAUUACCUCCAGUAAGGCCUGCUAGUGGACUGCGAGUUCCUCAGGAUCGUUCAACUUUCUUACAAACAAACUACAGGCUUAAAAAUGAUUUGUAUUCUGGAGGAAAUAUGCGUAAGGACACUAAAACAACAGCUGCAGAAAUGUUGGAGGCGUCUAGAAAAUUACAAUCCGAAGAUAAUCCUUUCCAGCAGUCUAGUCAAAUGAUGAACAAUUCAAUGGAGUUUGAUUUGGAAGAAAUUAUUGAAAAUUGUCAAAGCAGUCAAGCCAGCAUUGGAGAAAAUGAAAAAGAUGAAAUCACUACAUACUCUGAUAUUGCAUUUGAUGAUAUUGUUGAAAAACAACUUGAUAUGUAAUUUAUCAGGGAUAACAUAAUAAAAAUACUAUAAAAUUGCAAGGCUGGGCAUGAACAACUUUUGGCUUUUUAUUAACUUAACUGUUAACUUACUAAUUUUCUUUUUUAUUAACAAAUUCAUUUUUAAUUUUAAGUAGUAAGUUAAAUUAAUUUAUUUUGUUUUUAAUUUAAUUAUAUUUCACUAUUUCAGUCUAUUCUGUUUUCAUUUCAAAAAAUAUUUACUGUGAUAUCAUUUGAAUCUAACUUCUAUGGAAAUACUGUAUAAAGUAUAGCACUAUAGUGCUAACACAUAGUGUAUAAGUCUAUAAUUUAGUUUUGGGUUGGAAAAAAAUUAAGUACUAUUGUAUAAACAAAUUAACUCUUUUUAAAUUUAAUA